AUGAGUGGCCAAGACCCCGCGUACACUUUGGUGUUUGAUCCGUCACCAAAUCAGGAGACCAACACAGCUUCUAGUCUCCAGAAGGCUUUGGAAAAGGGAUCUGAUAGUCAGAAAAUUGAUGCCAUGAAAGGCAUUCUGGUGACUAUGUUGGAGGGGAACCCCCUUCCAGAAUUGCUAAUGCACAUCAUCAGAUUUGUCAUGCCUUCAAAGAACAAGAAAUUGAAGAAGUUAUUGUACUUUUACUGGGAAAUUGUCCCAAAGCUGGACGAUGAUGGCAAACUGAGGCACGAGAUGAUUUUGGUGUGUAACGCCAUUCAACAUGAUCUCCAGCAUCCAAACGAAUACAUCAGAGGGAAUACCUUGAGAUUUCUAACUAAACUGAGAGAAUCUGAGUUGCUGGAACAGAUGGUCCCUUCCGUCCUGCAGUGUUUGGAGUAUCGUCACGCAUACGUUCGUAAGUACGCCAUUUUGGCUAUUCUUUCCAUCUACAAGGUUAGCGAACACUUGUUGCCAGAUGCAAAGGAUAUAAUCAACAACUUUUUGGUGGUUGAAACUGAUCCAAUUUGCAAAAGAAACGCAUUCUUGUGUAUCGCCGAACUGGAUCGUGACAUGGCUCUUCAAUAUCUUGAAAAUAACAUCACAGAUAUUGAUGGAUUAGAUCCACUUCUACAAUCUGUCUUUGUUGAAUUCAUAAGAAAGGACGCCACUCAGAUACCUUCAUUGAAACCCCAGUAUAUUGAUCUUUUGUUGGACCUUUUGACCUCUACCACAUCUUCAGAGGUUAUUUUUGAAACUUGUCUAGCCCUCACCACGUUGACCGCCAACUCCGCAAUUUUGGUUAAAGCAGCAACCAAGUUGAUCGAUUUGGCUGUAAGAGUCUCCGAUAACAACGUCAAGCUGAUUAUCUUGGACAGGGUGCAAGAUAUUAACGAGAACAACCCAGGGGCUUUAGAAGAACUGACUUUGAAUAUCUUACGUGUCCUCAACUGCGAAGAUGUGGAUGUCCGCAGUAAGGCGUUGGAUAUCUGUAUGAACUUGGUCACUUCCAGAAACGUUGAGGAUGUGCUCCAAUUACUGAAGAAAGAGCUACAAGCUACUGUAAACCAUAGCAACAUGGACAGCUCCAAGAAGUAUAAGCAAUUACUAAUCAAGGCAAUCAGUUCGGUUGCCUCCAGAUUCAUGGAGAUGGCUGCUAAUGCUGUUUCCCUACUAUUGGACUUCAUCAGUGAUUUGAACUCAACUGCUGCCAGCGGGAUCAUCGCCUUUGUCAAGGCUGUCGUAGAGAAAUAUCCUGAGCUAAAACAUGAAAUAUUGGAUACUUUAAUUCGUGCUCUAGAUGACAUCAAAUCUGCGAAAGCUUAUCGUGGAGCUCUGUGGAUUUUAGGUGAGUAUGCCGAAACUGCUCCCGACAUCCAAGCAUCAUGGAAACACAUUCGUUCCAGCGUUGGCGAAGUUCCAAUUUUACAAUCCGAAAUGAGAAAGAAGAACGAGGGGGAAAAUGAGGAAAAGAAAGAAUCUGAACAAGAACAAAAGCCUACUGGUCCUACGAUUUUGCCGGACGGUACUUACGCCACAGAAAAUGCUUACGGUUUGAAGGAAAGAUCAAAAUCCGAAAGAAAAGUUGAAGAGGAAGUCAGACCCCCAAUGCGUAGGUUCAUUCUCAAAGGUGACUUCUACACUGCAGCAGUUUUGGCUAGCACCAUUGUUAAGCUCGUUUUGAGAUUUGAAAAAUGCUCCAACGAUGUUAGCAUAAUCAAUGCUUUGAAGGCUGAAGGUCUGUUAAUUUUGGUAAGUAUCGUCAGGGUUGGUCAAAGCUCCAUUGUUGACCGCAAAAUCGACCAAGACUCCUCCGAAAGAAUACUUAAUGCCGUUGCCAUUUUGAUGGAUGGAAGUGACACCAAAGAAAAGUCCGAGGAAACUGCUUUGCUCAACCUCGCCUUUUUGGAUGCCACCAAAUCAUCUUUCGAGAGACAGUUGUCGCUGUCAAAAACAAAGAGCUUGAAGAGGUCAGUUAAAGACGUUGCGAAAAAUGCGACACCUAUUGAAAGUACCAUUUCCUUUAGACAGCUGUCUAACUCUAGUACCACUGGCGCGGAUAAGGACAGUAUCGAUCAAGACUUGGAAUUAGCAAUAAGAGGAAGUGCUGCUCAAGCUGCUCCUGAAUCAUUUGUUUCAAAAUUAAAGAAGAUUGUGCAAUUGACAGGGUUCUCGGAUCCAGUGUAUGCGGAAGCGUAUAUCACAACGAACCAAUUCAAUGUCAUUCUUGAUGUUUUAUUGGUGAAUCAAACUAAGGAAACUUUGAAGAAUUUGCACGUUCAAUUUGCUACUCUGGGUGACUUGAAAAUAAUUGACAUCCCAACAAGUGCUAACGUGGUUCCUCAUGGUUUCCACAGGGUCACUAUCACGGUGAAGGUUUCCUCCGCGGACACAGGUGUUGUCUUUGGUAACAUUAUAUACGACGGUGCCCACGGGGAGGAUGCCCGUUACGUUAUCAUGAACGACGUUCACAUCGAGAUUAUGGAUUACAUUAAGCCAUCAGCGACAAGUGACGAGCAAUUCCGUACCAUGUGGAAUGAAUUUGAAUGGGAGAAUAAAAUUUCAGUCAAAUCUCAACUUCCCUCAUUGCACAAGUAUCUGGAGGAACUAACUACAGGCACUAAUAUGGGAGUUUUGACACCUGAGGAAGCGCUGGGUGAGGAAGACUGUAGGUUUUUGAGUUGCAACUUGUAUGCGAAGUCGUCUUUCGGUGAAGAGGCGUUAGCAAACCUGUGCAUUGAAAGAGACCCAUCGACGGAAGAGAUUGUCGGCUAUGUUCGUAUCCGUUCAAAGGGUCAAGGGUUAGCUCUUUCUUUAGGUGAUCGGGUAGCCUUGAUUGCCAAAAAAACAACAAAGUGCAGUUAA